CAGAAUACUCCCAUUUAAUAGACUUUUAUUUUACAUUAUCACAUUGAAAACUUUAAUCUUGCUUUAACAAAUCUCGGGAAGAAGCCCCUCCCCCUGCUGCUGCUGCAUGUGACUCCUGGAGGGCUUGGACCUUGAGAUGGCGCCUCAGCGACGCGCCUUCUCGCCACAAAGGAGGAGGCCCCCUCCACCUCCUGCUCCUCCUCCACCCUUCUGCGCCGCCAACGUUUCCUCUCCCGCCGCUCUGCCCCCCCCGUCCCUCCUCCGUCUCCUCCUGCUGGCCUCCCUGUGCUCGCCGCCCCGCGUCGCCCAGGCCGCCUGGUUCCGGGUCGGGGUCGUGGGUCCCUGGGGGUGCGACCCCCUCUUCGCCAAGGCCCUCCCCGCCGUGGCGGCGCAGCUCGCCGUCGACCGCGUCAACAGGGACCCGGAGCUGUCCCGCGGCGGUGCCUUCGACUUCGUCUUGCUGCAGGAGCCGUGCGAGACCUCCAGGGCGCUGGAGAGGUUCCUCGGGUUCCACACCAAGGCGUCCGGCUUCAUCGGCCCGGCGAACCCCGCCUACUGCGACGCCGCGUCGAUGCUCAGCAAAGGCUGGAACAAAGCCCUGUUCCCGUGGGGGUGCGUCGGCUACGAGCUGGACGACGCCCGGAGCCACCCGACCUUCGCCCACUCGGCGCCGAGGCCCACGCGGGUGCUGCUCAGCCUCAUCAACUACUUCAGGUGGGCCCACGUGGCCGUCAUCUCCUCCUCCGAGGACGUGUGGGCGGAGACGGGCUCCAAGGUGGCCGACUCCUUGAGGAGCCACGGCCUGCCGGUCCGCAUGGUCAGCGUCGUGGAGAACUCGCCCCUCGCCAUCAGGCGCACUCUGACCAAGCUCCGCGAGAUGAGCGAAAUACGACUCGUGGUCCUCUGCAUGCACUCGGCUCUGAUCGGGGGCGGCGCCCAGAAGCGUCUCCUGGAGGCGGCCUACGACAUGCGGCUGAUCGACGGCUCGCUGGUCUUCGUGCCGUACGACGCGCUGCUCUACAGCCUGCCGCACCGCAACGUGAGCUACGCGGCGCUGCGGCGCGGCGGCAAGCUGCUGCGGGCGUACGACGCCGUGCUCACCGUCACCGCCGACUCGCCCGGGGCGUCCUUCUACGAGGCCUACGGCGAGGCCGUGGAGAGGGGGGAGGUGGCCGGGACCUGGGACCCUCAGCAGGUGUCUCCGCUCUUUGGCACCGUGUACAGCUCCGUCCUCUUCGUGGCUCACGCGGUGAGUCGGGUGAGGGAGGCCAAGCAGUGGAUGUCCGGCAGGAACCUGGCCAGACACACCGCCAACAUGGACUUCCAGGGCUUCAGCCACCGGGUCAGAACCAGCAGCUCCGGAGCAGCUCUGCUGGAUUUCGUCAUCCUGGACACGGACGGAGUCUCCUGGGAGCUGAAGCCCACUCACAGGAUCGACAUGGAGGCCGGAACGGUGCGUUUCAUUGGGCGAGAAAUCCACUUCCCUCGCGGCUACGGCCCCAGGAAGGACUCGCCCUGCUGGUUUACUCGUGGAGUCCUCUGCUCAGGGGGUGUGGACCUGUUCUCCACCAUCUUCAUUUCCCUCGCCGCGAUGGCCGCCUUCGUUCUCGGCGUGGCGUUUGUUUACUGCAUCAGGCGACGCAUCAAUCAGAUCCUACUGGUGAAGGGUCCCAACAGGAUCUUGUUGACCCUGGCUGACGUCACCUUCAUCAACCCGUCGCUUAGCAACAAGAAGCUGAGCCUGGACGACGGCAGGGCGAGCGCCGCGAAGAGCCUAUCGGACGCCCCGUCGCCGGCCUCCACCCAAUCCCCUGCCACCUACGAGAACUCCAACAUCGUCAUCUUUGAGGGCGACUGGGCGUGGCUGAAGAGGCUUCCCGACGGUUUGUUCCGCAGCAUCAACCCCAAAACCAGCCACGUGUUCGAACUGAUGAAGGACAUGCGCCACGAGAACGUGAACGUCUUCCUGGGCUUCUUCCACGACUGCGGCGUGUUCGCCAUCGUGACGGAGUUCUGCUCCAGAGGGAGUCUGGAGGACCUUCUGCUGAACGACGACGUCAAACUGGACUGGAUGUUCAAGUCCUCGCUGCUGCUGGACCUGAUCAAGGGCAUGAAGUACCUCCACCACCGCGGCGUGUCCCACUCUCGCCUCAAGUCACGCAACUGCGUGGUGGACGGGCGCUUCGUCCUCAAGGUCACCGACUACGGCUACAACGAGGUGCUGGAGGCCCAGAGGUUCCCCUACGUGGAACCACCUGCAGAAGAGCUGCUGUGGACCGCUCCGGAGAUCCUGAGAGGCUGCCAGCCAGAGCUCCACGGGACGCCGUGGGGGGACGUGUACAGCUUCGCCAUCAUCAUGCAGGAGGUGGUGGUGAGAGGAGCCCCCUACUGCAUGAUGGACAUGUCCUCCACAGAGAUCAUAGAGAAGCUGCGUAAGCCUCCUCCGCUGUUCCGCCCCGUGGUGAGUUCGGACUUCGCUCCCCUCGAGUGCAUCCAGCUGAUGAAGCAGUGCUGGAACGAACAGCCGGACAAGAGGCCGCGCUUUGAGGAGAUCUUUGACCAGUUUAAGAACAUCAACAAAGGCAAGAAGACCAACAUCAUAGACUCCAUGCUGAGGAUGCUGGAGCAGUACUCCUCCAACCUGGAGGAGCUGAUCCGGGAGCGGACGGAGGAGCUGGAGAUCGAGAAGCAGAAGACGGAGAAGCUGCUGACGCAGAUGCUUCCUCCGUCGGUGGCGGAGGUUCUGAAAGUGGGCGGGACCGUGGAGCCGGAGCACUUUGACUGCGUGUCGCUCUACUUCAGCGACAUCGUGGGCUUCACCACCAUCUCGGCCCACAGCGAGCCCAUCGAGGUGGUCGACCUUCUCAACGACCUCUACACCAUCUUCGACGCCAUCAUCGGAAACCACGACGUGUACAAGGUGGAGACCAUCGGCGACGCGUACAUGGUGGCGUCUGGGGUGCCCGUCCCCAACGACAACCGCCACGCGGCGGAGAUCGCCAACAUGGCGCUGGACAUCCUGAGCGCCGUGGGCACCUUCAAGAUGAGGCACAUGCCCGACGUGCCCGUCAGGAUUCGGAUCGGACUGCACACCGGUCCGUGUGUAGCCGGCGUGGUCGGCCUCACGAUGCCUCGCUACUGUCUCUUCGGAGACACGGUGACCACCGCCUCUCGGAUGGAGUCCAGCGGAUUACCCCAGAGGAUCCACAUCCACCAGAGCAUCGCCAGGAUCCUGCAGGACCUCAACCUGGGCUACAAGCUGGAGCUGAGAGGGAAGAGAGAAGUGAAGGGGAAAGGCAUGGAGGAAACCUUCUGGCUUGUGGGGAAAGACGGAUUCAACAAACCUCUUCCUGUUCCUCCAGAGGUCAAAUCCGGGCAAAUGGCCCACGGCCUGCAGAUGGCUGAGAUAGCCCAGUACAAGAAGGUGAAAGCCGAGAAGCAGCGACAGGAACAGCUGGCCAAGAAGAAACACUGAGAAAAGAACCACUUCCAGACUUUUGCAGAUUCGUCUGAACGUUAUUUCUGAAAAGGAUUGUGGGUCAGAAUGAACAUUUGAAAACACACAAUGUGUGACGGGGUACUGAACUCCUCUGUGGCAUACUGGUGGACCCUGGUAGUAGUAGUACUAAUGACCCUGGUAGUACUAAUGACCCUGGUAGUAGUAGUACUAAUGACCCUGGUAGUAGUAGUAGUACUAAUGACCCUGGUAGUAGUAGUAGUACUAAUGACCCUGGUAGUACUAAUGACUCUGGUAGUAGUAGUACUAAUGACCCUGGUAGUACUAAUGACCCUGGUAGUAGUAGUAGUACUAAUGACCCUGGUAGUAGUAUAGGUAACUUUCACAAUGAGAAUAUACAGAUGUGGUAGAUUUAUUUGAAAAUGGGAAUCAGUGACUUGUUGUUCUUUUUGUGAAGAAGAAUUUCUUGUUUUAUUAUCAUUGGUCUUAAAAUAAGAAAGUGUUUUAUUUUAUCAUAAUUGAUUUAGUUUUUCUGCUUAAGAAAAGUAUGAUUUUUAAGAUAUUUUGCCUGAGAAGGACAAAAUGUUGUGUGUGUAGCUGUAAAUGAGAAAUGUCGUAUCAUUUAACGGAGCAUUUAUCAGGUGAAAUUAACCUGUGACGUCUUUUUAACAACAAAUUACACACAGAAAUCCUGCAUUUACUGCAUGACCAAUAAAAAGGCUUCUGAGCCUC